GCACUCCAGUGCUUGAAUUUUGUUGCGUUGUGUAGCUCCAGGGGAAGACUGGCAAUGAAGAGAAGCUAUGAAGGGAGCAUCUGCAUAGCAGGCAGACACAGGACACCAGUGACCAUGUCGAAGCACCACGAUGCGGGGACUGCUUUCAUCCAGACCCAGCAGCUGCAUGCUGCUAUGGCAGACACCUUCCUGGAGCACAUGUGCCGCUUGGACAUCGACUCGGAGCCAACCAUCGCGAGAAACACUGGCAUCAUCUGCACCAUUGGCCCAGCCUCCCGCACCGUGGAAAAGCUGAAGGAAAUGAUUAAAUCUGGAAUGAAUGUUGCCCGCCUCAACUUCUCUCACGGCACCCAUGAGUAUCAUGAGGGCACAAUCAAGAAUGUGCGAGAAGCUACAGAGAGCUUUGCCUCUGAUCCCAUCACCUACAGACCUGUGGCUAUUGCACUGGAUACCAAGGGACCUGAAAUCCGAACCGGACUCAUUAAGGGAAGUGGCACAGCAGAAGUGGAGCUGAAGAAGGGUGCACCGCUCAAAGUGACCCUGGAUGAUGCCUUCAUGGAGAAAUGCGAUGAGAACGUGCUGUGGGUGGACUACAAGAAUCUCAUCAAGGUUGUAGAUGUUGGCAGCAAAAUCUAUGUGGAUGAUGGUCUGAUUUCCUUGCUGGUUAAGGAGAAAGGCAAGGACUAUGUCAUGACGGAGAUCGAGAAUGGCGGCAUGCUCGGCAGCAAGAAGGGAGUGAACCUGCCUGGUGCUGCAGUCGACCUGCCUGCGGUCUCUGAGAAGGACAUUCAGGACCUAAAAUUCGGCGUGGAGCAGAACGUGGAUAUGGUGUUUGCUUCCUUCAUCCGCAAAGCUGCUGAUGUCCAUGCAGUCAGGAAGGUGCUAGGGGAAAAGGGAAAGAACAUCAAGAUUAUCAGCAAGAUCGAGAACCACGAGGGUGUGCGCAGGUUUGAUGAGAUCAUGGAGGCCAGUGAUGGCAUCAUGGUGGCCCGUGGUGACUUGGGAAUCGAGAUCCCUGCUGAGAAAGUCUUCCUUGCCCAGAAGAUGAUGAUUGGGCGCUGCAACAGGGCUGGCAAACCUAUCAUUUGUGCCACUCAGAUGCUGGAAAGCAUGAUCAAGAAACCUCGCCCAACCCGUGCUGAGGGCAGCGAUGUUGCUAACGCUGUCCUGGAUGGAGCGGACUGCAUCAUGCUGUCUGGAGAGACUGCUAAGGGAGACUACCCGCUUGAGGCAGUUCGCAUGCAGCACGCUAUCGCCCGGGAGGCCGAAGCCGCUAUCUUUCACAGGCAGUUAUUUGAGGAACUGCGUCGUCUGACUUCCCUCAACUGCGAUCCCACGGAGGCCGCUGCUGUUGGCGCUGUGGAAGCGUCCUUCAAGUGCUGCAGCGGGGCCAUUAUUGUCCUCACCAAGUCUGGAAGGUCGGCACACCUGGUGUCCCGAUACCGCCCGCGGGCUCCCAUCAUCGCUGUGACCCGUAACGACCAGACUGCACGCCAGGCCCACCUCUACCGGGGCAUCUUCCCUGUCCUCUGCAAAGAACCGGCCCACGACGCCUGGGCAGAAGAUGUGGACCUCCGUGUCAACCUGGGCAUGAAUGUCGGCAAAGCGCGUGGGUUCUUCAAGAGUGGAGACCUGGUGAUCGUGCUGACGGGCUGGCGCCCCGGCUCUGGCUAUACCAACACCAUGCGCGUGGUGCCCGUUCCCUGAGUGCCCUGCUCCUGCUGGCGCCCCCGUUUCCCCCUCACCCUCUGCU